AUGACGUCCGACGAGCAGCAACUGCUCCAGUAUUGCGGGGCACACCAGCCGCAGCGAUACCAAGCCACCGACUACUCCUACGAACAGAGGAAUUUUGAAGUUCCGCCGUGCAGGAACUACAUCGAUUCAGCUCAGUGUUCGAUGCCGGGAACAUCGAGGACGAGCAGUGUGUCGGUGGAAAAAAGUAAUGCGUCGCGCAAACUCAACCCAAUAUAUAUCGAACGUGUCAUCCUGAAGAGCGUUCUGCUUCUAGGGCUCGCUUUUACGUGUGUAUUCGCCCCUUUCUACUGUUUGCACUACAUUCAGACGUCGCUUUUCAUCGAGAGCGGGCUCGGUAUCCGCAGUCUAGCCCUGCUGUACGGGAUGGGCACCGUGUCGUGCUGGUACGCGCCAGCCUUUGUCCAGCACUUAUCUCCAUCGUGGGCUAUCGUGGUAUCGUUCGUUUCGCUGGCUGUAUACGUGUCAACGUUCUUUUACCCGAAGCACUUUACCCUAUACCCUUCGGCGCUUCUGGCCGGCUCUACUCUCGGUCCGUUGUUCUCAGCGCAAACUUCUUUCCUGAUGCAUCUCGUCGGACGGGUCGCAACACUCACCGAAAGCUCCAGGUCGGGCGUGGAACGUCGAUUCUUUCGAAUGUUCUACGCAUUGGUCAACUGCUCCCGAGUCAUCGGUACCAUCUGCCUCCUGUUCAUGGUCGCAUGCACUCACGACGUGCGCAAGCAUACCCACUAUCAUUUCGAUUUUACGGCAGAAGACGACGCUCCGAGAACGACGAGUCUGGAUUGUAUUAUGGCGGAAUGCUCUCCGGGAAGAGCUUUCAAAGGAUCGGCGCACUUCUGGCUGUCUCUCACACCGCCGGUCUCGUUGUUCGUCGUGUCGGUGUUUUUGGGUCUCGUCUUCACCGGAAUCGCAUUGGUCAUGUCUCUGCUGGAUAAGUUUCAGAUGUUCGAAUAUCAAGACCCGCUCGAACAAGCUGUUUGCGGUCGGUGCCUCCGAGCUGUCGGCAGAGCUAUUGCAGAUCCCCGAUUACACCUUUUAAUUCCAAUGGCGUUUUUCUCCGGACUACAACAAGGCGUUCUGAACGCUGAUUUCACUCAGCUGUACAUUUCGUGCACGCCGUCGCUGUACUCGCUAUCGUUCCUCGUUCUCCUCGCGGCCGUGUUCCACUUGGUCACAUCGUUAGUUCUUCUGUCCUGGUCGAACGAAAUCAAUCGACCCGUUCUCGUAUUCACGACGUUGCUCCUGAACGCGUUAAUGCUUCUUUUGAUGUCUUCUUGGAGUCCCCAGAGCGACUUGGCCGGCAGCUCGCUGUUCUACAUCGUCUCGAGCCUAUGGGGCUUCUGUUCGGGUGUUUGGGAAACCCUUAUGAUAACUUACAUAAGCGGUGCCUUCCAUUGGAAGUGGGAACCCCCGUUCGCCGUGCUGUUCAUGGCCAACUUCGCGGGACUAUCGGCUGCGUUCAUCGCCUCGGAUACGCUUUGUUUCUCGUUUUCGGUGUUGAUACUGUCGUUCAUGUUGCUGGCGGCGUCGUUACCCUACGCACUGCUGGAGAACAAACUGCGACAGGAACAAGUUGCCAAACUGACCGUGGCCCAUCUUUGA